AUGGCACCUCCCUCAAGUGUUUCCAAUGGAGACAAGAUUCGGCAAAUGAUCGCCAGUCUCUCGCCUGACGACAUCGCCAGGCUGAUUCCCCAAGAGACUCUGACUUCUCUGCUCAGAGCUAAUGACGAGAAAGAGCGCCUGCGGGAGUUGCCCGUUAGCCCCAGAGCGGUGGGAGUAACGAGCAAAAACAAGAAGAAGGUCAAUGGAUUUAUGGCAUUUCGAUCCUACUACGCCGGUAUCUUUCAGGAUAGACCGCAGAAAGAGCGUUCGCCCUUCAUUACGUUACUCUGGCAAAAGGAAACACUCAAAUCAAGAUGGACUCUCAUGGCGAAUGUAUUCUCUCGCAUUCGAGACUUUGCAGGCACUACAAGAGGUCGCAUGGCAAUGAGUGGAUUCUUGCGAGUUGCCUGCCCGCUUCUGGGCAUUACGAAACCCUGCGACUACCUCAGACGCUACAAUUGGCAACUCGAUUUUGUUGCAGAAACAUCAGUCUCGCAUGAUGCUGCAAUGAAAUACGAGAUUUCCCAGUCAGCAAUCCCUCACAUCGUCGACGAAUUUGAGGUUCCUACUACGGAGAUUGAGUUGCUUCGCGCUUGCGUUCAAGGUGGCUUUCCAUUUGAGAAUAGUGCCCAGCUUUUAAGAGACAUGGAAGACAGCUCUGUCACCGUUAUGACCAGAACUUCACCCAUCUCGACAGUCUCACAAGCUACGCAAGUCUCUCACGGUCAUCACAACCACCAUUUCAUCAACACACUCAUCAAUGACCCGGAUGCUGCGAUAUCCGCGCUUUUGCCUCAAGACGAAGACAUUGGCAGUCUUAUGGUAGACAUGAACAUCAUUCACUCACUCGAGACCGACAGCACGGCAACAUCAUCAGAACGAAACUCUGUUUCACCUCUAGAGCAGCAUUUGUUCUUCCAUGAAGAUGUCUCUAUCGAUCCUUCAAGAAUGGUUUCCUUCCCUGGCGAGGAUCAUGGUCACCUGGAAACACAAUACACCUACCCCAAUCCAACUCUAGGUCUCUGGUAA